AUGGCGGAGCUGCUGAAAACAAAAAGUGAAGUUGAAGAGUUCCAAAAGGAAUACGUCUACAGAAACAGCCAAGCAGAGGAGAACAGACAGAGGGAGAACCAGGCCGCCAGCCGCAUUCAGAGCUGGUUCAGAGCCUGCAAGGUGCGGGCUUACCUCAGCCAUCUGCACGAGAAAGCAAUCAUUAUACAGAAGAUAUGGCGGGGCUUCACAGCAAGGGCACAUUUCAGACAAAUGGUGAAGGCGGCAUAUUUUAUCAUGAAGAUGAAUUUCUACGAGGAGAUGGCGGUCAGGAUCCAGCGGAGAUGGAGAGGAUUCUUUGUGAGGAAGUACAUUCAUAAUUUCUAUGCACGCAAGAGCUAUCUGGAAGGACUUUCAAGGAAAAAUGAACUUGUCAGGAGGGAGCUGGAUGAACUUGAGGGACUCCAGAAGAGAGAGAGAGACUGCCUGGAGAUGGUGAAAGAGCAGACAGCCAAGGUCUACAAAGCUCACAGGUUACACCACCUCCUCAGUACAGAGCAGUGCCCAGGGGUCUUCAACUCUCCAUUCAGGCCAACCCCCCAUGAGAUGGAACAACUUCUGAGGCAGGUCAAGUACCAGGCCCCCACCAGGCUGGCCCCCAGGGGCAGGGCUUGUCUCUUGGGCAUGCCUGGCCCAGAAGCCCCCAGUUUCACUGGGACUCUUGAAUCCCCAUGGAUGAAAAACACAAGAAUCAGCUGCUCCUCCAGGCUCAUACUGCCCCCCAUUGCCAGCAAGAAACAGCAGUGUCUGUUCAGAGAGCCGGGGGAAGUGUGGGAGCAGCGCGUGCAUUGUCCUGACCUGACGGUGCAUCUGCAGACCUCUCGCACACACCUGGAGGAGGCCCAGAACCAGCUACGACAACACCAAGGGACAGGAAGUAUGCUCCACCAUCCGAGCCACAGAGGCAAUUAUUUUAGCCAGCCAGCCUACGGCAGGAGCUUCAGAUAGUAGAUUACACGCUGACUCCAAGAUGAGGUUUCCUCCCCUCCAGCCGUUCAAGACCGUGUUCACCACCUGCACCGCCUUUGAUAAGUUUCCUCGUCUGUACUCCAAGACAGGCAUCAUUGUGUGACACACCUCCUCAUGAAGAGAUGAACAAAUAAAGA